UUUCAUAUUUCCUUUAUCUGCAUGCCUUUCUCUCUCUAUGCUUUGCUCACUUGCCUUCCAUUUUCAUACACAAUUCACUCUAUUAAUUCUUCUUGAAUUUCAAACUUUACUUUUACCUAUUUAUUUUUCUUGUUCACAGAGCAUUUUCUGAUAUAUAUAUCAUCUCAAAUUGAGCUGGGAUUCUACUUUUCCGCGUUUUCAAAUGAAGAGGGCAUCUGUAGCAAGAAAAGAGGAAUUGAGCUUCUUCAAGGUCAUUUCAGAUGAUAAAAGAAUGAGAUUUCCCCGUGGAAAUAUUCCACGGGUGCAAGGACUUGUAGGUCGCAAAGUUACCCUCAGAGACGUCAACAAAAAUUUGUGGACAGUAGAGGUGGCAAGAGAUGGGGAUGACUUCUAUUUUGACAAGGGGUGGUCUCAAUUUCAUCAAGAAAAUCAUUUGGAGCCUGGUGAUUAUGUGUCAUUCGACUACAAGCACGGCGGUUUGUUCGACUUCAUAUUGCUUGGAGGCUAUGCUUGUGUAAAGAAAGGUGCCGGCUGUCCAAGAUGUAGUGUGAAAGUGGAGGUAGAGGAGGUGUAUGAGCUCACUGAUGAUGAUGAUGAUGAUGAUGAUGAUGAUGAUGAUGAUGAUGAUGAUGAUGAUGAUGAUGAUGAUGAUGAUGAUGAUGAUGAUGAUGAUGAAGAUGAAGAUGAAGAUUAUGUGGUAGAGCAGUGGAAGAAGUUGAAGGAAGUAGAGAUUGAAGAUGAGAGCGAUGAGGAUGAUGAAAUUGAGGUGCUAUUGAAGAGAUCACCAUCUUCAUCUUCUUUGAGACAGAAGAAGCACGAUAAAGAAGAUGACUACGGGCGCUACAUCUUCAGAUCAGGACUGGCAGUCCGACCCCAAAAUCCUUAUUUUGUGUCGACGUCAAGGAAACUGCGCAAGAAUGUGCUGCACAUCCCGAACGAGGUGAUACAAAGGUGGAAGCUCAAGCUUAAGUCGAAAAUGUUGGUGGUGGACGUGAGUGGGAGGAAAUGGGGUAGCAAGAUCAAGAAGUGGAACGACGGGCGCCUCUGGUGCACCGGUGGAUGGAAAAGGAUGUGCACGGCUAACAACAUAAGCGCCCACGACACCUGCAUCUGUGAGUUUGUGCAACGAGGCAGCGACGACAUGCAUAUGCUCGUCCAUGCUGUUGAGUAGACGCAUCGCGCAUCUUACAUAUUUAUCUCUAAUUUUAGGACUCUUAUUUAUUGUCUCAGAAUUGUAAUCCUGAUCAAAUGUUUGAUGCCCACUUCUUUGAAUCAUCUUUACUA